CCGCCAUCUACCGCCCAGCGUCCCAACCGUCCCACUUUCCCUACAGACCCCUACUCCUCUCUCUCGCACCGCACAACUAAUAUUAUCACCUAAAAAUUUCCUCCCACUCUUCAAUGCAUCUGCUAUUUCUUAAAAUGCUGAAAUCCGCCGCAUAAAAACAACCAGUACACCAGUACUAAGCACAGCAGGCGCCAUGUCGGACAAAGGACCACCGCAAACCAAAGUAGUAGUGGAGACCUCCCUCCAGUCCCCCGACUACGACGGCCUCCUCCUCGUCUCUUCGCCACCCCUGGCGCUAAAAGCCGCCGCCUUGGCCAAAACGCUGAAAGCGGCGAUCGCCCUAGACCCGGCCCUGGAAUCGGAAGUCGCCGUGCUGCCCCUCCCGGACCUGCCCGCCAAGCGCCUCGUUCACGCGCCAACCGGAAAAAUCGACCCGGACUACCACGACGUCAGGGUGUUCCGGGACGCCGCCGUCAAGGGGAUGCAGAGGGCGCUGAAGGCGGGCAUCACAAGGCCGCUUCUGGUGCUCGAGGAGGACCCGGCGUUCGAAAACUCCGAGCUGGUCACGCUGCUCGGAGCGCUCCAGGCGGUUUAUGUGCCAAUUCAAGUCCGAGAAUUCGACCCUUCGAAGAAGUCCCUCAUCACACACCUCGGCGUUUACAGCUCCAACCCCGACAAAACCAAAAAAAUCGUCGACCUCGCUGUCACCCUUGAAAGCGGGCGUCGCGUCGCCUGCGACGUGGGCGACGCCGACCCUGAACGCAUGGCGCCCCCGAGAGUCGAAGAGUACAUCCAGGAGGUCUUCGCCAACAGCAACAUCAAAAUCCACGUGAUCAACAGCCCCCAGCAGCUCGCCAAAGAAUACCCCCUCUUCGACGCCGUCAACCGCGCCGCCUCCGUGGUCAAGCGCCACCACGGCCGCAUCGUUUUCCUGGAGUACGCGCCCCCGGAUCCGUCCAAAAUCAAAGAAACUUUGUACUUGGUGGGCAAGGGGGUGACGUACGACACCGGCGGCACCGAUGUGAAAAUCAACGGGGCCAUGGUGGGAAUGUCGAGGGAUAAGUGUGGGGCGGCGGCGGUGCUGGGUUUCAUGCAGAUCGUGAAAUUGUUGCAACCGGAGGACGUGAAGGUGGUGGUGGGCGUAGGGCUGGUGAGGAAUAGCAUAGGGGCUAAUGGGUAUGUGGCCGAUGAGGUGCUGACGUCCAGGGCUGGAGUCAGGGUUAGAGUGGUCAACACGGAUGCGGAAGGCAGGAUGAUCAUGGCGGAUGUGUUAUGCAAGAUGAAGGAAGCCGCCUUGGAGGCUGUCAACCCGCAUCUCUUCACUGUCGCGACGCUGACGGGACACGCAUUUUUGGCGGUCGGCGAGGGAUACUCCAUCGUGAUGGACAACGGGCCGGCACACAAAUCCGGAAAUUCCGGGCGAGUGCAGCGAGCCGGGGACGCCAUCGGCGACAUUUUCGAAAUUUCGAGAGUGCGCCAAGAGGACUUCCAGAUGCAUAGGGGAGAGUGCGUCGGGGACGACGUGCGCCAGGGCAACAAUCAGCCCUCGUCGAGGACACCUAGGGGACACCAGGGACCUGCCGCAUUCCUCAUCCUCGCCUCGGGAUUGGACAAGCACGGAUCCGGAAAUGACAGGCCGCUGAAAUACAGCCAUCUUGAUAUUGCCGCAUCGGCCGGAGAGUACCCUAAACCGGCCACCGGAGCUCCGGUCCUGGCCUUGGCCAAGGCGUACUUGCUGGGUUAAACUUGUAUUUAUUGACACUGUUUUCUGGAGUUUGUUGUAAUUUCUUUCAAUAAAUGACGGUUUUUAAAAUA